ACAAGAGGCCGACAUGUCGCUGCAGGGUCCACCCCAAGAGAAGUACGAGAGAAGGCGGCUUUGGAAGCAGAGAGGUGGCGUGGUUGCAUCACAAGAACGCCCUUCCACAGCGCAAAUGCUUAAGUGCGGAUACAGCUUGCGGAAUUUGAGCCUCUUUUGUAAAAGGCAACCUCGCGCGUGCAUGGUAGUGAGCUGAGGGGGGUAUUGAUAAACCCUUCACAAUCCGCGCGUGAAACUCUCCUCCUUUCUUUUCUGUGCUCCUUUGGGAGGAACAGGUUCACUCUUUAUUCUGCUCUUCUAAUUUGCAUUCAUUCAAGUGAAACGAAUCACCAUGUCUCAGAUCGUCCACAAGACGGCUGGAGGCAAUGCAGCCUUCCACAACUUCCACAACGACUACGCACACAUUGCAGACCCAAAUGAGCGUCGACGUCUUGCUCUGGCCGAAAUCGACAAGGCACCGUUUGGAUGGUAUCAUGUCCGUGCCAUCGUGGUCGCUGGUAUUGGUUUCUUCACAGAUGCCUACGAUUUAUUUGCUGUGAACAUGGUUACUUCUAUGCUUGGAGUUGUCUUCUGGCACAAUGCGCAUUCGUCUCCUGGAAAGAUUCCUACGAAAGCAGAUACGGCUAUCAAGGUUUCUACUUCGACUGGCACGGUCAUUGGGCAAGUUGGCUUCGGUAUCCUGGCUGACAUCGUCGGUCGAAAGAAGAUGUAUGGUCUUGAACUCAUCUUGAUCAUCUUCGCAACUGUCGCUCAAGCCCUUUCCGCUAACUCUCCUGCUGCCUCUAUCGUUGGUGUUAUCGUCUUCUGGCGUGUUCUCAUGGGAAUUGGAAUCGGCGGCGACUACCCCCUAUCCUCCAUUAUUACGUCCGAAUUCGCGACAACAAAAUGGAGAGGUGCUAUGAUGGGAUCCGUCUUUGCUAUGCAAGGCAUCGGACAGUUCGCUGCAGCUAUGGUUGCUCUCGUGGUCACUGCCGGUUUCAAGGAGUCUCUGAUGACGGCCAAGUCGGUCGACAAGUGCGAUGGUGUUUGCGGCUUGGCUGUCGAUAAGAUGUGGCGUGUUGUUGUUGGCUUCGGUGCCGUUCCGGGCUGCAUUGCUCUCUAUUACCGCCUCACGAUCCCAGAAACCCCUCGUUAUACCUUCGAUGUCGACCGCGACGUUGUUCAGGCUAGCUCUGAUGUCAGGGCAUUUAGAACUGGCGCCCAUAAGGGUCACCCUGAUGAGAUAACUCGCGUUCGUGCUAAGGAGAAUGAUGAACACCAGCUUGAGAUCCCAAAGGCUUCGUGGUCUGAUUUCUUCUCGUGGGUUUGCAGAUGGAAGAACGGAAAGGUCUUGAUUGGAACUGCCGGCUCAUGGUUCCUGCUCGAUGUCGCCUUCUAUGGCCUCGGCCUCAACAACUCGAUAAUCCUGACCCAGAUUGGUUACGCAAAGGGCGAAAAUGUAUACAAGAUCUUCUACAACCAAGCUGUCGGUAACCUGAUUAUCACGUGCGCUGGUGCCAUCCCUGGAUAUUGGUUCACCGUUGCGACCGUCGACACCAUCGGCCGCAAACCCAUUCAACUUGCCGGCUUCGGCAUCCUCACCAUUAUUUUCUGCGUCAUCGGCUUUGCAUAUCAUCAUCUCAGCGGGCAAGCUCUCCUCGCUCUCUACGUCCUCGCGCAAUUCUUCUUCAACUUCGGCCCCAACGCCACCACCUUCAUCGUGCCAGGCGAGUGCUUCCCAACCCGCUACCGCAGCACCGCCCAUGGCAUCUCAGCUGCUUCCGGGAAAGUCGGAUCGAUUAUCGCGCAAGUGCUGAUCGGUCCCCUGCGUACGCGCGGGGCGCCUCCUGGGUCGACUGCGUCGCCUUGGUUAAAUCAUGUUAUGCAGAUUUACUCUGUGUUCAUGUUUGCGGGGCUGUUUACGACCUUGCUGAUUCCCGAGACGAAGAGGAAGACGCUUGAGCAGUUGGCUGGGGAGAUUGAGGGUACCCCGGAGUAUGAUCCAGAUAAUGUAAGGUCGAGGGAUGUUGGGAAGGUGGAACAGGUUCUGCGGUCUGUUUAGAAGAUGGCCUGAAUGCGCUGAACAAUAAAAACUAUGUAUUUAGUCUCGAUCGCUAAUAAGUGAAGUAAGGGACAUAGAUGGCUGUGUUGAGAUAGAAGAAUAUCAGAUAUCUAUACCUGUG